AUGGCUCAAAAUGAGCGCUCUUAUUCCUUUUCUAUUGAAGAAUAUAUUGAAGAUUGUUAUGUCACGCGUCAAGUUCAUAAUAACACGCUUCAAUUUCAGUCUAUAAAGAUAAUUAAUGACACUACAUGUAUUUUUGACAAUGACAUUUAUGAUCCGGGAUCUUUUUCCUGCGAAAAAGACAAAUACAAUGAUGAUCUUUGG